GCCUAUAAACAAGCGGCCGGCCAUUGCGUGCGGACGAGGCGGACGAGGCGGACGAGGCGACGGACGAGGAACGGAGGCGCUCCAGGCAUUCCUGCGCGCCCGAGGACGUUUCCUGCCGCCGAGAGCCACGCCGAGGGAGCGCUGAGGGCCAGGGCGAGAAGGAGAGCGUGGUGAUUGCGCUGACCAGAGUACCUGAGGGAAGAUGUCGGUGCACCCGCCCCCAAAGAGGAAGGAGAUCUACAAGUACUCGGCCCCAUGGACUCUCUACAGCAUGAACUGGUCAGUCCGGCCAGACAAAAGAUUCAGGCUGGCAGUUGGGAGGUUGUCGAAAAGUGGGGGGGGAAAAAAGGUUUUUUUUACACCAACAAAGUGCAGAUUGUUUCAGCUGGAUGAAGAUACAUCAGAGUUUGUGGUUCGGUCCACCUUCGACCACCCUUACCCAACCACGAAGAUCAUGUGGAUCCCAGAUAGUGUAAAAAUGAAAUAUCAAGACCUGUUAGCCACAAGUGGUGACUACCUGCGUGUGUGGCAGCAGGGCGCAGAUGGGGACACCAGAAUGGCUUGCUUGCUCAACAAUAACAAGAAUUCGGAUUUCUGUGCUCCCCUGACCUCCUUCGACUGGAAUGAGGUGGAGCCCAACCUGAUAGGCACGUCCUCCAUCGACACCACCUGCACCAUCUGGGGCCUGGAGACUGGACAGAUGCUGGGGCGAGUCAACGUCGUGUCGGGCCACGUGAAGACCCAGCUCAUUGCCCAUGACAAGGAGGUCUUUGACAUCGCCUUCUCUAGGGCAGGUGGCGGCAGGGACAUGUUUGCCUCCGUGGGUGCAGAUGGAUCAGUCAGAAUGUUUGACCUCCGGCACCUUGAGCAUUCGACAAUCAUCUAUGAGGACCCCGCGCACACACCCCUGCUCCGUCUGGCCUGGAACAAGCAGGACCCCAACUACCUGGCAACAGUUGCUAUGGAUGCUUGUGAGGUGAUAAUUCUGGAUGUGCGUGUCCCUUGCACCCCAGUGGCACGGCUCAACAACCACCGGGCAUGUGUUAAUGGAAUCGCCUGGGCACCACAUUCCUCGGUCCACAUCUGUACGGCAGGGGAUGACCACCAGGCACUGAUAUGGGAUGUGCAGCAAAUGCCACGCGCCAUUGAAGACCCAAUCCUGGCAUACACAGCAGCGGAGGGAGAGAUCAACCAGAUCCAGUGGGGGGCGACGCAGCCCGAUUGGAUUGCUAUCUGCUACAACAAGUGUCUUGAGAUUUUACGAGUGUGAGUGAGUGGAAGUGAGUGCCGAAGUGUGCGUGUUUGUGUUGUAGAGUUAUGCUUUAUUUUCUGAUUUUUAUCAUUAUUAUUUUAUGAUUUGUGUAUUUCUUAUUUUAUUUAUUUUGUCUACCUUUUUCUUUCUUUCUUUUUUAGUCAUGUUUCCUGCAGGAUAUUUUAUUUUUCUUACUGAUGAUAAAAAAAAAAAAAAAAUGGAAAAGAUUAAAAGCUAGAACAGUUAACAUGUUGAAACUUUGUUAUGUUGAACCAAAAUGUGGUCUCCAGUGAGCUUGAAGGUGCAUAGAAACCCAAGUGAGUGUGCUAGUGUGAAGAAUGAACAUUUUAUGUGGAGUCUCUGAGUCUCGACAUACUCUUAGAGUAAGGAUGGCGUGGCGCUUUCAGUAGAAGGAUCACAGGCUGCAUUGUUUUGUUGUUGGUUUUGACUCAUGAGCUUUAUAGAUUCAGCCAAACGAAUGGAAGAGUUUUUAUGAUGAGCUUGUGGAAGUUGAGGCAAAGAACGUGGGUGACUCCUUUUCUUUUUUGGCCAGUCAAAGAGAUUCAAGGCUGAGGUCCCUCUGGUCUCCUUCAGCAGAGGUGAAAGAUGAGGGGAUUAGCGUACAACUGCUUCCAUAUAAGCAGAUGGAAUGAAGAAUUAUGAAAGCAUUACAAAUUCAUAGUAUUUUCCAUAAGUGAACAAGUGUAAAAGAGAAAGAAAGAAAGAAAAAAUUCUUAUUCAGAAAUUUCACUAAACAUCAGUUUUAUUGUGUCAUUACAUCUUAGGGGUACCAUCAUGCAGGCUGAUAAUAACAAUGAUAAUGAUAAUACAAUAAUUUUGAUAACUAAAAUGAUGAUAAUGUUAAACAUAAAGUUAUAAUAAUGACAGUGAUGAAGAUGAAAUAUAGAAAGGGAAAAAUAUAAGGCAAAAUCCAGGGUGUAACACUCUCCUGCGGCAAUACUGUGUAGAGGUGUAAAGAGCAACCUUUUACAGUGGUGUGACGAGACUGAGCAGGGGCUGUUAGGAGCACUCUUGGAUAGCUAGACCAGCCUGGCGAAGACAACUAUCCAUGGGACACUGAAGGUGUUGAGUUUAGCUGUGAUCCUCACCAACCUGACUGCUGUAAAGACCGUUAUUAUAGAUUACAUUAUAAAUUAAACUCACUGAUCUUACGAAAUUAUUAAACCAACAGUAGUUUGUUAUAGCUUUUUUGAAGUUUUCAAACUUGUAUUUCUUAUUAGUUAAUUUAUUUCUUUAUUAUUUUUAAAAAAUUAUUAUAUACCAUUAUCUUUUUUCAGUUGCCAAUAAAUCUGUGUCUGUGCAGUUGCCUUUGCAUUCAUAAACUGAAUAUAUUUGCUGCCGGAAUUAAAAGUUGUACAUAACUCGUGUAUAUGAGAUUGAAUAAUUAUUAUCUUGUUUAUAUUGAAUUGAAUCAUAUAUAUUAUUUUAUUUUGUUUUUUAAAUUUCUCAUUCUGGGCAGUAUUCGUGAGUGAAGUUUUAAUACUUUACUUUAUUGAUAAGAGAAUCCAGAUACUGUAAAGGUUAUAGUAAAAGAAGGUGUUUGCUGGUGCAAGAGUGUGUAUGGAAAUGAUCUGUGCAAUUGGAGAGUGUCACAAAUGGUGAAUUGAAAAGAUUCAGAUUUUCAUCUCUACUUGUAAAGAAAUAUAUGCUAGGAGGGUGUGCAGGAGGGUUCAUAAGUGUAUGUUAGAGUGGAGCAGUCUCAGCACUUGUAGUAUUCAAUACAAUUUAUGUUCAGGAGCACUUUUGUCCUCUUGGUUUAGGUGGCCAAACACGUGUCAGACGUCUCCCUAUUUGACUCAUUUUCAGGUGUUCAAAAUUAGCUUUACAAAAGUGGUAAAAUGCUGAAUUGACUAAUUUUAAGAUGCAUAUUCUUUACAUUAUUCAUUCAGUGCUUCAGUUUAGGAAUUCAAAUAUAUUGUCAAGUUGAGCAAUAGGAGUUGUUUUGCAUUUCACAUGGCUGACUAUAAUACAGUUCUCAUGAAAUACCUCAUUUCUGUCAGGGUUUCUGUUUUCAAGGAAUUUAGUAUUCUUGAAAGGGCAGUACAGGGAGAAUUUACACCCCAUCAAUCUGAACACUGCUCUGGGCCCACUGUAAGAGCAAGUGAAAAAAGCUUAUGCUGAUUAAAUAAUGGAAAAGGAUAGCUUUUGAACAUGGCAAGGUAUCCGUGGAGAGAGUGAUUGUUUGAGUGUGAGUACAAAUGUUUCAUCUUCAUGAGGUGAUGGCAAAAUAAGGGGUUCAAGUUGGUGUUACAAUGGCAUUGAAAUCACCUAUUGAGAGUGGCAAGGUGUACAUCUGCCUGAAUACUUGCCAAGCCAAAUACAAGCAAGGACUGGUCUGUAUUUGUACUCUGUAUUAAUUUGUGUUUUAAUCUAUCAACCUGUCCCAUAUCUAGCCAGCACUAGGCUAGCUAUUCAUCUACAAAGUGUGAGUGUAUUUAUGAAAAUUCUAAGUGUCUCUGCCUAACUCCUUUGGUAGCUCGGCAAAAAAUUAGAGAUUCAAGCAUACAUGUUCACAGAUGUACCCUCCAGUCUUUUCUUUUCCCAAGUUGUAUUUUCUUUAUGUACAAAUUUUAUUUUAAUGUAACCUGUGCAUGGAAAGUGUAUUACAUAGAUGUGUUUCUCUAUCAUAUGUGAAGGACCAUUUUUUGGAUUUACUAGCAAUUAUGUAUUUACCAAUUCAUCCACUGUACAAAUCAUGUCAUCAGUUUAUAAAGAGAGAAAAGAAACAUCCUGUUUAUGUUAAUUAAUCUUGUGUAAUUAAUGUGUACCUAGAUUUAAGGAUUGUACAAUACAUUUUUAUAUGAAUUCA